CCCGCUCCAGGGCAUCGGCGGCCGCCAAGAAACUGCAAAAUCUCUCGGGACAGUCCCGUACGCAAAUGCUGAAACGAGCCCUGACACUUCACCUGAAAAGGAAAAUCUGGAGGAAAAUAGAAAUUCACUGCCAGAGGUCGCCACUCCUGAGAAUUUUGCUGGAGAGCAGAGAUGCCAAGCAAAGCGAGAGGAGAACGCUGGGACACCGCAGCGGGAACCAGCGAAUAUCCAGGACGCAGGGGCCAAUGGCCAGGGAUCAGGGGAAGGUAAUGCAAAAUGCCAUCCGAUGUGGGGUUCCACUGGUUGCACCCUGACCCCUCNCAGCCCCGGCUGCAACUCCCCGCUGGAGAAGGCGGGGGAGCCGCCCGGCCUGGGCAAGAAGAACGACAUCUCCCGACACAGCUACUCCCGGUACAACACCAUCUCCUACCGGAGGAUCCGCAAAGGAAACACCAAACAGCGCAUCGACGAGUUCGAGUCCAUGAUGCACUUGUGAACUGAGGGGGAGCGCCUGACGCUCCGAGCCCUGGCCUGGGCCUUGGCUUUGCUUUGCUCCCCCAAACGUGUCUCUUCACACGACACAAGGUCACUGCUUUUCUUCUUUUUGUACAUGAUUUAUAAUACACUGUGAAAAUUUAACACCUUGGCUUUGACGGGGGCAGAGGCAUCCGUAGCGCAGGAAAAUAAAUAAUCAGUUUGCUAAAUGCACACCC